GACCUGGAACUCAAAUCUUGACAUCAUAUCCAAGAUGCCUGCUCAAGCAAAACCUCAACGCUCUAGUAUGAGACAGUCUCUAGAUGUACCCAUGAGUGCUUUCAACAAGCAACUUAUUGAAGAAGCUGGGAAGCUUUCCGCUUCGAAAGGCCAUAUCUCGAGAGGGUAUUCGAACGGAAGUCGUGGCAGAAAAUUGGUAUGUGCCAGGUUCCGAAGAUGUUGUUGCCAGUGACAAUUGCUAACCUACUUCAUCAGCAAAAUCCGCACAAGAGAAGCGUCUCCACCAGUGCCGUCUCCAGGCAUGAUUCCAUUCGAGCAUCAGCGCAGCAACAUAUCAGACGAAGCAUGAGUGAGAAACAAUCCUCGGCCAACAACACAAUUCGUUACACCCGUCCGACUGGUCCUGAGCUCGUAUCUUCCAAGCAUCCAUCAUGCCUUGGUCUGCCACUAGCGUGGACAUCCAUCCACGACCAAUUCAUUGCCUAUAUGGCUACCCAUGCUCCAUUGGACAAAAAUGGGAACAUACCUAGGCAUGAAGAGAAGAAGGAGAGAUGGAAGACGGCGGAUAUUGCGCAGGAGUUGGUGGUCAGAUUCCCGAGGUUGGGUGGCCAUAUCAAGCCAAGUGUAAUCGAGAAACGCCUCAUUCUCCUCGAUCAAGCGGGAGAUAACGAUUAUUUCAAGAUGCCUUAUAGCGCAUAUGCUUAUGAAGAAUGGGGUCGUGGGAUCUAGUGUUUUUGGGCGGCAAACUCUGGUGGAAGCAAUGCUUGCCUGCUUUGGUGGAUGGCUGCGAUUUUGCCCUCGGCGUGGUUUUUUCGUUCGUUUUUCGUGUGGCUUGAUAGAUAGCAUGAUUGUUUCUCGAGGGCGGGGAAAGUGUUGUUGGGGGCAUGGAAUGUUUGACUUGGGUAACCCGCAUAACAUCGAAUUCGAGUCGAUCGAGAAAGAGUCG